AUGGAUCAUUGGGGCGACCCUUGGGCAGAUAACAAUGCCGACGACCAAAAGUCCCCAACGAAGAACGAUGUGACCUCACCACAGCCACCGACGCUUGCGCCUGCACCAGUGCUAUUGAAUGGUUUUCUGGACGAUGCUGGGUGGGGGAACGAGGACGACAGUUUUGGUGACUGGACUACAUCAUCUGGACACGAUACCACUGUUGCUGCACCUACGGAGACGCGCAUAGCUGAACCGAGUCCCUUGAAGAAUCAAGGUGCAAUUGAAGAUGGGCCGCGAUGGGAUAUAGACGAGAAACAUGACGACGAGCCAUCAUAUGGAAGAGACACGUGGGCUGGACAGAUGGAGGACACAUCUGAUGUGGACAAUGUAGCUUCGGAUACGUCAGACACAUCGACCACGAUACAGCUGGACAAGGCUUCUGAUGAAGCCUCGGUCGCUCCUUCGAAUCGAUUACAGCCAGACGACGACUCUUCUGCACGACCUUCUACAUCCCCGUCCGAGACAAGCCGCCGUGAGGCACCUGCCGAAUCACCGCGAACCUCGUUUGAGGAAGAGUCUAUGAACAAGAAGCAAAUUGUAGAGGAAACAAAGCCGGUGGAGGACGCCCAGACGGCAACAGCGAAUGACGAGGAUAGCGAAGUGGAUGCCGUAAGCUCGAGCAACGAUAGUACUGACGAGGAGUUUGGGACCUCCACAGAAGAUACCCUAUGGACAGAAGCUCCUUCUGGUCAGUCAAAGACUAUAAAGGAUUCUGUGGAUGACUCGGAAGAGACGUUGUCAGAGCGUCCUGUUUCGCGACCUGGAUCGCCGAUAGCCUCCUCGACCACGACGACUGCUGCCUCGUAUAACGCAGGUUCAUAUCAACUCGACACAGCUCUUUUCGACGAUCUAUUUCCCCCUGACGACGCUGCAAAGGAGCUAGGCGAGGCCCCAGACGACCCGAUAUAUUCAACAGCUGGCCGCAAAGCUUGGUACAGGCUUACGCGCAAGCAAACCAUGAGAGAAUUCAAUAGCGGGAACGGAGACGACAAUUACAUUCGGAUUACAUGGGCAGGUUCUGGGAUUAGAUCGGAAGUCAACAAGACCGUAGCAAGAUGGGCCCGAGAAGACCGUCUUUCUGGCACGGGUCCUGGAGCCAGAGCUUCGUUCUACUGGGACACGCCAGCGCCCCCAGAACCCAUAAACCCAAGAGGCCAUUUGCGCACGAAGACCUCCGUUCCCACGCCACGAGCAGUCGAAGCUGCACCUGCAAGACAAAGCCUUCCUCCUGUGUCUGCUGACACUCCAAUUGCUUUCAACUGGAGUUCCGCGACUGCUACAACAGACCCUUGGAAGCAGGAUAGUCCCGGUCUGCGUUCCAUAUCUCCACCUAUCGUAUCGAAGCCUACUGCUGUAGCCAACGCACAGACCCAGGAGCUUCGCGCGGUUUCGAUCGACCUUACACGCGAUGUUGGGGGAACACAAGGGCAAACGUCGACUGAAACACCGGCUGUCGCAACGAAAGCAAUCCCACCUCCUGAGCCAACCACGACUUCAGCAAGUCCUUGGGACGACUUCAGUGCUCCUGACACCAACACUCUCAAUCAAGAACAACGUGUGGAUGUGCCUACAGAUGAUGACGAUGAUUGGGGUGAGAUGAUAUCAAGCCCUACAGCGUCUACUCCAGUCUCAGCCUUCCCAAGCUCUAUACCGGCGACGCUUGACAGCACCGUGUCAACUUCAGCAUCACCUCCAAAAACUCCGCCGACCCAGGAUCGCUCAGCCGACGCGAUGCAUAUCGUGCGUUUACGAAGUACCAUAUCGCCUACGUCGGCGAUUUUUGGCCCGAAAAGUUUUGUUCCGUUUGGUGCUGAACAAGGACCUAUUGGACCUGGAAUCUUGAAACCGGCCAAGCGGCCUGUUGCUGUCACCCCCGAGAAGAGCAAGAUCGAAGUUCCAUCGAAGCCGGUUGCAGAAGUCAUUCACCGGGACGAAGUAAAAGUCGAUGCACCACCAGCGCACGACAAGCCCGAUAUAAAGGAUACUACCGCCAAUGAAGUCAGUUUUGUGGAGCCUAACGGCACGGAAGACGAUGACUUCUCUGCCUUUGCAUCCAGUACUUUGGAACCAAAACCGGCCCGGCCUAGCACACCGCCUCCACCCUCAGUGGUGUCAAAUGAGACUCCUGUAGACGCAUGGGCGAAUGCUGAUUUCUCUUUCUUUGAAUCUGCUACAACUGCAAGAGCGCCUGCGCCUACCACGCGCGAUCCAUCAGACCCUUUCUCCGUUUUUGAGACCCCUCCGAGACCAACCAGUGCUGCAUCUUCGGCAAAGACAUUCACACGAUCUCCUCCGCGGGAUAUAACUCCUCCGCCUAUUCAACCGCUGACUGGAGCUACGAACGCUGCGCAACGAAGGAAGAAUGAAGAAGAGCAGGUUAUCAAACACAUUCUGGCAGGGUUACCGGACUUGAGUUAUAUGUUGCGUUGA